AUGGUAGCGGAGGAGAUUGUGGUCUCCCUGUCAGGAGGAUCCCCAUGGGGUUUCAGACUGCAGGGAGGAGCAGAGCAACAAAAACCUCUACAGGUGGCAAAGGUGCGCAGGCGCAGCAAAGCGUGCAGAGCUGGACUGAAGGAGCAUGAUGAGCUGGUUGCCAUUGGCGACCAUAUGUGUGCAGAGCUCAGUCAUGCUCAGGCCAUGAACCUCAUAGAUACACAGAACACUACACUCAACCUGAGGGUUAAAAGGGCCCCUUCUGGAUUCCACUCCUCAUCUUACGCUGGUCGCUCCGCAUCUCCCCGCUCCGCGAUGAGAGUCCUGUCUCCCCCCUCCGCCCCCUUGCCCUCCCACCACUCCUCCAUCCUCUCCCCAACUGGGAUACCCAGAGGCAUCACUUCUCCUCCAGACAGCGAGGCCUACUACGGAGAGACAGACAGUGACGCAGACACACAGUCACACACGUACCGCCGCCAGCGUCGCACACCUCCUCAUGCACGCUCACCUGCGCGCUAUGACAACCAAGAAGAGGAGGAGACCUCAGAGAUGAGUGGGUAUGAGAGCGCUACAGAUGGAGGGGUUUCCAUGACGGGGCAGUGGGAGGGUCAGUGUCUUCCUGGCGUCCCCCGCAGAGAGCUCAUCUAUCAGCCCCCCCAGACGGAGUGGACCACUCCAACUCACACCCCACACACUCUGACCCCUCACACUCUGACGCCUCACACACUCACCCCGACCCCUGAUCAGGGUUUGGUGGAAGCGGAGGGAGAAGUGGAUAGCGGCUUCCAGGAGGUAGGGGGCAGCAUCGGGCUGGCCUGCCCUCCGCUCGUGUCUCCCGAACGGGCGAAAGAGGCUCUGAUGCUGGGAUCUGCUAACCAGCUGGUGCCCAUGGUGGGACCGCAGCAGACCCCUGUCAGUGAUGAGCUGUCCACUACCUACAUGGACAAAGCACGGCAAGCCAAGUUACAGCGUGGGGAGAGUGUGGUAGAGAAGCAGGUGAAAGAAGCUCGUACUAAAUGCCGCUCUAUUGCCUCCCUGCUGACUGAUGCUCCCAACCCCAACUCAAAAGGGGUGCUUAUGUUCAAGAAACGCCGGCAGAGGGCCAAGAAGUACACACUGACCUGCUUUGGCAAAGCUGAAGGGGAUAGAGGAGGGGAGACCGAAGGGGACACAGGAGGGGAGACAGAGGAGGAAGGAGGCAGUUCCAUCCUGAGUGGCUCAGAAGUUGAUGAAGAGGGAUUCUCAGGAUCAUUUGACCCCACGUGGGAUACUGGUUAUUUAGACCUGCUGGACAGGAGAAGCUCUGCCUGCCCCUCAACCACACCGACUACUCCAACAACGCCGACAACCAAUCACAGCUCAGGGCUGGAUAUCUCAGCCUAUCAGAAUCUGGGACUUGUGACUACUGACAAUCAAAGCCCAAGGUUGGAAGUCUCAGGGCUGGAGGGCUCAGCCUAUCAGGGCUCAAGGCUGGAGAGCAGCAUCACGAAGCAGCCAAUCAGUCCCCAUACUGCUCCUAAACCUGCGCCCAUGUCUCCUCCAGCAGUGGCUCUGACCAAUGGGGGGUCGUUAGCUGUUAGUCGGGCUAGUGUUGUUUUGAGCCCGCCUUCACAAACGCCCCUACCAAGUCAAAACGGGCAACAUGUCAACCUUAAUCCUAAUCCUAACCCUAAUAUUAGUCCUCACCCACUCACAGACUCAGACCAUCAACUGAACGCCAACUUUAGUCCUAACCCAUCUGUUCUGAACCGCACUGCACGCCCCUUCACCCCUGGCCCGACCUCUUCUCGUGCAUCUGUAACCUCCGUGAUGUUUCGCCCUCCCCAACCCAAACCAACAGCCGUAACCACAGCGACCAAGCCUGUGGCAGCCAUCUCCAUGGUGACUAUCCAACCUACUCGCCAUCAAUCAGGGCCAGAUGCAAGGAGAGCAGUGUCUAGCACCUCUCUGUACAUCCCUCCAAGAAAUAACAACAGUAACACUCCCCCUUCUGGUAACUCUCCCCCCUCAAUUCUCUCGCCUCCCUCCUCUCUGUCGUCUGCACCUUUCUCCCAGCCUCCCCCUAAUCCACCAACAUUUGCUCCUCACCCCCCAGUGCAUGCAUCUCCCUCAAUCCCAUUCUCUCCCUCUGCAACCCAAGGUUCACCUGUCUGUCCAACACCUGCUCAACCCUUCUCUCCCUCUGCAACUCAAGGUUCACCUGUCUGUCCAACACCUGCUCAACCCUUCUCUCCCUCUGCAACUCAAGGCUCACCUGUCUGUCCAACACCUGCUCAACCCUUCUCUCCCCCAGCUCCGCAUUCUGUUCCCCCUCCUCCUGCUCCUGCUGUUUAUCCACCUCCCUCCACUGGCAUGUCUGCUCUUUCCAUCUCCCAACCACAUCCACCUAAUAUGGCCCAGGUCUCCAUCCAUGCCCAGCCCACCCCUCCUCCUCAUCCUCAUCCUCUCACCCAACCCUCUCCAUCUCCAUCCACCCAGCCCUACAUCAACAUGACAGGUGCAGUGACUCCCGGCCCCCAUGCUGCCAUAGCAACUGCACCCACUCCCCAGGCUCCUACCGCUGAUUCACUGGCGACACGUGAACAGAGAAUCUCAGUUCCCGCUUCUCGCACCGGCAUCCUGCAUGAUGCCCGUUGUCGUGGCAACAAGAAGCCAAUGUUCAGUGCGAUCAGGAGCAAAGAUGUUUCUCCAAACCCGGCCUUGAUGUCGAUGGUCCAAAAUAUGGAUGACCGUUUUGUGAGAACCCCAGGCACUGAGUCUGGAGCUGCACCCAGUGGUGAGGCUGGGCAUGAGUCAGGACCUGAGGAAGACUGGCUGAGGCUGGGGGCGGAGGCCUGCAACUUCAUGCAGGCUCAACGGGGACCCAGGCCACCUCCUGUGGCCCCCAAACCACAGACCCCUCAGGCGCCACAGCUGGGAGGAAAGGGAGGUCAGCUGUUUGCCCGCAGACAGAGCAGGAUGGAUCGUUAUGUGGUGGAGCGAUCUCCCUCUGUUGCUGCAGCACCUUACUCCCCGGCUCAGACGAGGGAGCCCUCGCCCACGCCUUCCCUCCCUGCCACCUGGAAGUACUCGUCAAAUAUCCGUGCUCCACCUCCCAUUAGCUACAACCCCCUCCUCUCUCCCUCCUGUCCUCUUAAGGCCCAGAAGAAGGUUGAGGUGGCAAAGUCUGGACCAGCUAAACCUAAAGGGCAGAAAGCGGGCAUCAAGCCAGUGGACAUUAUGGGCCACCAGCCCUACCAGCUCAACUCCUCUCUGUUCAGCUAUGGGGGCGGGGUUCCCCAGGACACCUCCACCUAUCAGCAGCAACGAGGAAUGGUGGGUGGUCUUCAGAAGACUGCACGGGUGUAUGAGGUGAAGCGCUUCUCAACGCCCCCUCCGAUAGCCACAGGGCCCGCCCUGAAAGUUAUCGUACCUCGAUCAGCCACGACGCUCGGAGAACCCCUGUGGCGUUCUGACGUCACUUCUCCUCCGCCCACAGCUGGCCCCACCCCCUACCAACCCUAUCAGCCUCAACCUCAACCACCCGCCACUCCACACCAACCUCUAUGGGCAACCUCCCCUCCGUCUUCCGCACCUCCCCCUGCCCCUACCGCCCCGCUCCCUCAGCUCCCCACCUUCUCCUCUGCUGCUGCUCCAAAUCUAGUCCAAACCCCUACUUUCUCCCACCUUCAGUCCCCCAACACUGCACAGGCCAACAGGCAGUUUAAGAGUGCCCCAGAUCUGAGUCCCCUAGACCCCAUUGGAGUCUCUCGGCCAGCGUCCAGCAGCGCUCAACCUACCAGAUGUCCCAGGCCUAGAUUCAGUACUUCCAACAUGGGUCUGCAGCCCUGCGUCUGGCGCCCUGGAUCCACUAUGCACUGAACAGAUUCUGGUCUGGACAUAAUAAAACAGGGCUCUAUGGGAACAAAGAGCCACAUUCUUUAAAUAAGUCCAUGUGUUUUUAGUAUCGCAAUAUUGUUAUUCAUGGCUGCGCUUUAAUGUUUUAUCAACCACAUGUUUUAUCACAAGAUCAGUUUGGAAUGGCCACCCAUGGUGCACAUUUUAUCACUUUAAUGUAAUCUUGUUGACUCAUUUAUCCAAUGCAUUUGGUUAUAAUUAAAGGGAGCACUGUGUUUUGCAAAUGUAGUGUGGAAACCCGAGAAAGGUUAAAAAAUGGAGAACAACGUGAGAUUGAAAGCGCAGAGAGAGAGAGAGAGAGAGAGAUGUUAUGGAAAACUUAAAUGAGGUUCUGUAAAUAUUGUAUUGAAUGAUGAAGAACUAAGUUUGAACAUAAAAACAGAAGAAUGGAGGAUGUGAAAGAGACAAGCCUGUGGUGAGAGAGAGGUAGUCUUGGAUAGGAAGAAGAUGAAAAGGAAGGAGGCACUGAUGAAGUGACAUAAUAGAAACAUGUCUAAUAAGGUGUAAAAAGUGCAGAUUUGACUUAUCUGUAAACAUCGUACAGUACCUGUGGCCAUCCAACAAUAUCAAAUCAGUUGCUUUACUAAGAAAUUUGAAUCGUCUGCUGCAAGUUGCUUCUGUUUCUGUUAUAUAUACAGUAUAUAUCGUAAGGAUUUGUGUUUUGUGAUUUUGAGUUUUGUAGUUGCACUCUGCAGUGGUGCAUGCUUUUUCUGUAGUUUUUCAUAAGGCGAGGAACACAACUGUCACGUAAAAGGAAAGCCUCUUACAGUAGAUUCGAUCUGUUGAUAUGAAACAAGAGAGGUAUAACAUGUGUGUUUAGCUGUGAUUCUUUUCCACAGAGACAUGCGGCUGAAUAAAAAUAGACAUGACUCAC